AUGGGGGGGACAAUCGAGGAACUGCUACUAAUCAAGCCCUGCUCCUCCCUGUUCAUCCAUCUGUACUACAAGCACCACGACAUACCUACUUCAACGAAAAGAAAAGAAAACGUGGAAUCAAGUCUUCCCCACCUCCCAAUUCGUUUCCCAGCCCAACUCAACGCUCCCCACAGCCCCCCCCCCCUCCCCAUCCGCCCCAAUACUACACAGCACUCAACAACCCUAGCCCCCCCUAACCCCACCCUCAACAACUACUCGAUGCAUCCCACAUCCCCCCCCCACAUCACCACCCCCACUCACCAACUACAACCGACGAAAAACCCGUACACACCUACACCUACACCUACACUAUAUUACUUGCUUUUCCGGACUGUGAACCAUGGUUCACUUGUGACAAAAGGGGGCGCUGCUAGUGCUACUGCUACUGCUACUGCUAUUGCUGCUACUGCUACUGCUAUUGCUGCUACUGCUACUGCUGCUACUAUUGAUUACUACUGCUGCUGCUAG